AGUAACUGUUCAUAUACGAUUAUAAAAUUCUCUCCUUGAUAUCAGUUUUAUAGUUUUUGGAAUAAUAAACUAAACUAAAGACAGAUAAUUUUUAUAUUACUUAAAUCGUAUUUUUAAAAAAUGUAUCCACGACAUAAUCCAGUUUGCAGUUAUUAUUUCCGCUUUUGGGGUCAACCACACGCUUGAGCUAGAAACUAGACGAAAAUAUGUAGAUUUAUACAUUUUUUUACGCGAAGAAGACUGAAAGUAUAAAAUAAAAAAAUGUUUAAAAAAGUAAAAACUCGUAAUGCGCCGACUGGAACUUCUGAAGAUACGCAGAUGAGUGAAUCUAGCACAGAAAAUUUAACCAAAGAUGGUAAAGAAACAGUGGAUAGAAUUUUACACCAGAAGGUUCACUUCAAAUUAUUUUAUGUGGGAUCAGUCGUGGAGAUAAGUGGCUUAAAUUCAACACGACGAGACACAGAAGCUCAGCUUGUAGACUACAUUGAAGAAAAACAGAUUGAAGGCAAACUUAAACUGCUUGUCUCAGAAGAUGACAAAGUCAUAAUAAAUGUAUCACGAUAUGGAAUAAAAGUUUUGGAUACGUCUGGUCAGGAAGUGAUGCAGAGACAUCCUCUCCAUACUAUUUCCCAGUUGAUCCAUUACACAGAUGGUUUUGGAAAACCAAACAUUGCGUUGAAGAUAGGGCAGGUGGGAAAGACGGUCUUCAACUGCUAUGUUUUCCAGUGUCAUACUGAGGAUCAAGCACAGGCUAUUUGUCAGUGUGUGCGGAGAAUUUUUGAUGCGAUCACUGCCAAAUCAUGAAGAAAUGUCUGCGAUGGUGUUAAUUACACCAUGAGUUCAUCACUGUAUGAAUUUAAUGACCAUUUAAAUUAAAGUCAACAUAUACAGUGGGCAUGGCUUAAAAGAAUGUUCUUAGUAUAUGAAUGCCAAAUAUUUACAGGUAUAUGGUUGUGUCCUUGCAACCUGGUCUAUGGUUUGCAUGAUGUCCAUUGUUACUUCGAUGAGAUGUAUAUUUCAGGCCAGUGGAGAUUAGUCCUGAAGAGGCUUGUAUUACCCCUUCACUUACCUUGUGGAAUGGUGUUGCAGAGUUUGUUGCCUUGUACCCUGCUUCUAGCCAGAUAAGACAUAGGGUAUCAAAUAAAAAGCAUGUCCUUUAGCAGGAUUUUAUUAUUUUCUGCGCUUUUUAAGAAAUAAACGUGAAUAUACAUACGACCUUUAAAUAGGUAUUGGCAGCAAGAUAAUUUUAAUGUUGAUUUAUCCUAACCAGACUGUACGCUGGCGUAGUGUGCGACUGUAUUUACUCUUUGAGUGUCUCUGUUGCAUGUGUGAAUGGAUAUUAGAGCAAGCGGUCAGUUGCCCUUGACGUGGCAGCCGACGGCCCGCCACUCUUGCCUAUUUUGGGCGACAGUGAGCAGGUCCUGUACAUACGGGACGACCAGCCCAGUCAUUGACGAUCGUGUCAGUUCUUUCUCUGGCUACCGCGGCGUUCGACUAUCCUCCAAGGUGCUGUGAGGGGUCGCAUGACCAAAGAAAACCACCUUUAAUCAUUUGACUGUUGAAAGUAUAGGCUCCUGGUGUCCUACGAGUCUGUAAAUCUUAUUUCGUAACCUGUCAUUGGUUAUAUGUUCUCUGUAUGAGAUUAGGAGCAGCCUUCCUCAGGCACUUGGUCUCGAAUGCCUGGAUUCUUUCCAUGUCGGUGACCAGAGUCCACGCGUCACAUCUGUAGAGCAGGAUCAGUUUUACCAGGGAUUCGUGCAGAUUGUACCUGGUAGUGAACUUGAUCAUGACUAUACCAGAUCCUAACUAGCUUAGCCAUCGCCGCUGCUGCUGUUGCGAUCCUGAUGUGGAAAUUGGCGUGGAGCUGCUUUCCUUGGAGAGGGAGGUUCCCAAGUACUUGAAGCUGCUUACCCCUUCGAGGUGUAACCGUUCAUAAAGAUCUCUGCUUUGCCGUUGCUAUUGAUCAUAACUUUGCUCUUUUCAGUGCUGGUAUGCAUUCGGAAAGUCUGCUGGUGAGGUCUUGUAUAUUAAACAGCACCGGUGAUAGGAGACAUCCUUGAUGUACGCCUACUGUGGUGGGAAAGUAAGCUCAUAUUUGGUUAUCCAGCAGUACUGCACUCGUUGAACUGUUAUAUGAACCGAUGACUUGAAUAAGGCCUUCUUCGAUGUUAAAUUUUCACAUUACUUGCUAUAGGACCUUGUGCCAGACUCUGUCGAACGCCUUUUAAAGGUCAGUGAAGUUGUGGUAGAGGUCACGUUGAUGCUGCAGAUGCAACAGUUGAAGAUCUGCUCAACUGUGUCUAUGUGGUCUGAAGAUAGCAUGUUCUUCCGCUAGCAGUUCCUUAGCGGCGUUGCUGAUGUGGUUCUGUGUAACCUUUAGUACGACUGCUUGGAUGGCUAAUAAUGCUUACGGUUCUUUAUUUCCAGAUGAACUGCAGCUAUAUAAAACGAAUUUACACAUAGCUGUGCCUUUUGAAUAAAAAUAAAGCAUUGGAUGCGAAAGAAUGUUAGUGCUGUAUAAAAUUAUACACAGUUUUUGUGGACAUUUUCAUGGUGCUUUUUUUUUAAAAAAUGUACAGCAGUUUAUAUGAUACUUAAUGUUGAUUUCAUUUUCUUCAAGUUCACCAGUUUUUUUUUUUCUUUAUGGCAGUAGUGCCUGAAAUUCUGUGAUGCAAUUUAAAAUAAAUGUUUGAAAACUUUAAUGGAUGGAAGCCUAUCUUUAUUAAAUUUACAGCAAAUUUGCCAUAAAUGAAAUAUGUAUCAAUCAUUAAAAUAAAAAUAGUAUUGAUAAUG